GCAGUUGGAGGGGGCGGACGUGUUUGUGGUUUCGUCUUCAUGUUGCAAUGUUUUUAUAGUGUCGUGAUGUGUGCGCGUUGUUCACGGGUAUACAGUGUCACUUUAGACGUUUUAAAGGAAGUAUGGACUUGAAUAUAUAGUAUUAUUUUGAUUUGAAGGAUUAGAUACUAGCGGUUUGUGAAGAUGGAGAUUACGCCGACUUCGGCGUGGUUAACUCCGUCUGAGCUGGAGUUGGUUGGGCUGACCUCGGCCUCCUGGCUGAUCCCGACUGCGCUCUCCUCGCUAGAGUUGACCCCGGCUGAGGUGACCCCGGUCUGGUUGACCCCGUCUGGGCUGGCCCUGCCAGAGCUGACCCCGUCUGGGCUGGCCCUGCCAGAGCUGACCCCGUCUGGGCUGGCCCUGCCAGAGUUGACCCCAUCCGGGCUGGCCCUGCCAGAGUUGACCCCGUCUGGGCUGGCCCUGCCAGAGUUGACCCCAUCCGGGCUGGCCCUGCCAGAGUUGACCCCGUCUGGGCUGGCCCUGCCAGAGUUGACCCCAUCCGGGUUGGCCCUGCCAGAGCUGACCCCAUCCGGGCUGGCCCUGCCAGAGCUGACCCCGUCCUGGCUGGCCCUGCCAGAGUUGACCCCGUCCGGGCUGGCCCUGCCAGAGCUGACCCCAUCCGGGCUGGCCCUGCCAGAGCUGACCCCAUCCGGGCUGGCCCUGCCAGAGCUGACCCCAUCCGGGCUGGCCCUGCCAGAGCUGACCCCGUCCUGGCUGACCUUACUCGAGGUGACCCCUCCAGAGCUGUCACCGGCUUGGCUGACCCCACAUGAACUAAUUCCGUCCAGAUUGACCCCUCCCGAGCAGACCCCAGCCUGGCUGACCCCACCCAAGUGCUCGCCGUCCGGGUCGACUCCUCCCGAGCUGACGCUGGCCUGGCUGACCCCACCCGAGCCGACCCCACCCGAGCCGACCCCACCUGCUGGGGUAGAGCCCUUACAGGACGGAUUGUGGCUGGAGCCCAACGAAAUGUUACAACUGGAUCCGGACGCAGAGUGGUCGGAAGAGGGUCCAACACUAUCUAGCAACAUCUGGAAUAAGUUUGAAAUGCUUUUAACACCACCUCGCUCUCCCCUGAGAGAGACAGACCUCAACAUGAUCUUCAUGGACCUUGACAUAGAGUCCUACCUAAUGUCCUUAGAUCUUCCGGCGAUGGAAGAUGAUCAUCUCAACAUUGACCUUGAGGCCAUAGACCCCGUUGAAAGCGGGCUACAUGGUUUACCUUGCACGCACGGACUCGGGCGGGGCACCUGCACCAGUUGUACACAGCUGGCUCUCGCCGGCUCUGAGCUCCGACACGAUUGCAUGUGGGUGGGGACGUGCACGGCCGAGGCCCACAUUCACAGUCAUCGUCACCCGCGCACACACAACGACUCCGGCUCUCAAAUCAGGGAACUUCUCAUGGAUUCUUCGUCUGCGGUGGGGUUCACGAACAUCGCCGACCUGCACCCUGUCGAUGACGUUAAGGACACACACAUGCACGACGACGAAGGGGCAAGUCUUCAGUUCACCAAUCACCAUAUAGCGCGGCCCGACACGCCCUCUGAAUCCUCUGAAACCGACACUGAUGAGGACAAUGACCCUUAUGAUGACGAUGAAGACGACGAACACGGGAACGAUGAUUUCGACGUGUCUCGAGAGGAGGAGGUGUACACAAGCGAUGAGCCACCUUCGGCAGUCCACGUCGACCAUAGCUACCACUGUUUAAGAAUACCUUCGCCCACUCCUCCUUCGCCGCCGCCCAUGUCUUUUGAUCACUACAGUCGGCCUUCUUUGCCACACACGCCCUCAGACACUGAAGACGAGAUAGAUGUGGUCAGCGUGGGAAGCCCAGACAGUGCCUACUCUAGUAGUUCGAGCAGAAGCACAAGUAAACGGCAUGGAACCACCACCUUCAUCACCACCACUACCGGCGGCGGCACUGACUUGAAGAGGAUCGUCAAGGUGCGGACUGGUACCCUUCCUGUCAAACCAUCAAAGCGUACUAGGAAGCAACUUCAACAGGUCGUAGCAGCUGGAGUGAAAAGACGCCCUAAUGGUGCCCUUAACGAAGUUGUGCUACUCCGGAAGGCUAGCGUUUCUUCGUCGUCUCUGAAGAGUCCAAAACGACUUCAAAGAAAUCAUGAUAACACGAAGCGAAAGUCGCAUAAGUCAGACAAUGAUGCCCCGGAGAAACGACAAAUGCACAAUUCCUUGGAACGCAUGAGGAGAGUGGAUCUCCGCAAUGCCUUUGAAGACCUACGGUUACUUGUCCCAGACUUGCAUGAUCGUGACAAAUCCCCCAAGGUGGAGAUCCUUAAGAAGGCGUCUCACUACUGUCACGCUAUGACGACAAAAGAGCGAGCUUUAGCGCAGGAAAAGGACAAGCAGAAGCGGUACCAAAGCGAACUACGUAAACGGCUACUAAUUUUAGAGAGAGAGAGACAACAACGCAAAUAAUUAGUAACUCGUGUUAGGUAUAGGUGGGGUAGCUAUACCCCAGACCACAGUGGUGCCUGCAGGAGGUCUUCGGCGUGUUGAUGGACCCCUGUGACUCGUAGAAUGAUCAUUGUAUACUCGGGGCGACUUAGUGCUUCUGGAGUGUUAAUGUCACAGUUGAUAUAUAUUUUUGGAGUUGAGAGGGAGCAUCAGCACGCCGCAGGCAUCUAGCUUAAUUUUUAGAGUGGGUUAAGUUUUCGAAGUAUAUAGUUAACCUCGGUAAAGCUCGUGUCCAAGAACUAAAGUGUAAAUAAUAUUAGUAGCAGGACAGCCCAGUGUAGCUAAACCUGAUGUUUCACAGAGAACUAAGAAUCCUAAGGGUUUUCAGCCCGCAUUGUGCAUCAUCAGUUUGUUGAAAGAUAUAACAGAACUGCAGUGUGUUUGAGGUUAAUUAAAAUCCUAGUGUUGUAUGUGUAAAUCAAAUGUGUGUUUUGCAAGUUGAAUAUUAAUAAUUUUAUUUAGUGUUUGGUCACGAAUGUACCUUUCGUCGGCAACCUGAAUAUACAGGGAGCUUGUACAUGUGUAGAUUAGUUAGAAUACGGAUUAAUUUGUGAUAUAUAUUACGUAUAUCUAGUGGCAAGGCAUAACCUGGCGGAGAAUGAACGUACCUUCAGGUGAGCAAGUGUGGAUACUUCCGGAUCCAUACGAACUAUGUCAGGCUUGAAAAAUGCAACUGUCAAAUUUGAUAAACAACCAUAUUCCUAUGUUACUGUAGCUCACUGGAGAGUGCUUGUUGGUGCAAACUUGCUUCUGACACCUUUUAUGGUAGUUUCCUAUUGUCUUGAGAAGCUAAGUUGACGGGCAUUGUGAGGAUGAAUGACGUAUCAUUUUGGACUGCAGAAAUUGUCACAACAAGCUAAGUUCCUUAAAACUCGAAGUGUCAUGUGGGAAUUAGUUCUAGAAUGAUAAUAUGGUGUGUAUCAUAUUUCACUUUAAAUUUACAGCAUAUAUAGAUUAGAGAAGGUUCAUUGAAAGCUGUGUGUAAAUCACGAAAAUUAACACGUGAUGAAAAAUUUUAGUGUCAGACCACGGAGGAAGAAUUGAAACAGGAAUUUCCUUAAGUACUU